GGAAGACAAACAACUUCAUAACGAAUGCGCCCCUUUCCUCCUCCUUUGUCUUAGCAGGAAAAAGAAGCAAUGGGAUAACUGACCCGUCUUAUAUCAGUUCCAGAUGGAGGCUCAUCUUUUAGCAGUACACAGGCAGGCAGAGCAGAGCCGCAGCCAUCUGAAGACCUGAUUCAGCUAGAGUCGUAUCAAACUAGGCUGAAAUCACAUUUCUAAGAGGCUGUGAUGCCAUUUCCUCUUGAAUUGAUACAUGGCACAUGAGGAAUGUGGAAAUAAAACAGUCGUCACAACAUUUCUGCUCCUGGAAUUUGGGAAUAUCCCAGAAAUGCAAUCUUUUCUCUUCCUCCUUUUCUUGGUGAUCUAUGUUGUGACUGUGAUUUGCAACAUCCUCAUUUUUGUUUUGGUGGUGGCUGAUCGGCACCUCCACAAACCCAUGUACUUCUUCUUGUGCAGCUUGUCUUGCUUGGAGACCUGCUACAGCUCUACCAUCCUGCCCAGGAUGUUGUCCAGCUUUCUAACUGGGGACAAGAGCAUUUCUGUUGGCAGCUGCAUCACACAAUUUUAUUUCUUUGGUUCCCUUGCAGUCACUGAAAGUUUUCUCUUAUCAGUGAUGUCCUAUGAUAGGUAUUUAGCAGUAUGCAAGCCCUUUCAUUACGGAGUUGUCAUGAAUAGCAGAUAUUGUCUGCAGCUUGUAGCGUGGUCUUGGAUAGGUGGUUUCCUUGUUAUGUCCAUAAGCUGUUUCCUGAUUUCACAACAUGCCUUUUGUGGUCCUAAGUUUAUCGAUCAUUUCUUUUGUGAUUUCACUCCAAUGAUAAAACUCGCCUGUUGUGACACCAGCCUGACCGAAAUGUUGGUGUUCAUCCUCUCAUCAGUAUGUGCACUACCCCCUUUCCUACUAACCCUGGUGUCCUACAUGUAUAUCAUUACCACUGUCCUGAGAAUGUCUUCCACCACUGGGACGCAGAAAGCUUUUUCCACCUGCUUUUCCCACCUCAUGGUUAUUACAGUUUUUUAUGGAAGCUUAAUAAUUGUUUAUAUCCUGCCAAAAACUAGGACUCUGAAAGCACUAAAUAAAUUCUUCUCAGUUUUCUACACUCUUGUGACUCCGCUGCUCAACCCACUCAUCUACAGUCUGAGAAAUAGAGAGGUGAAGGAUGCCCUGAGUAAAGUCAUCAAGAAAUGUGAAUAUUUCCUAAAGACUCAGCACUGAUGGCAAGUAUGAACACGAGUUCUACAGAGGUGCCUUACUCAACAUCCUCUUACAAGGCGAUUUUGUAAGGAAGCAAAUAAAAGACAUUGCUGCCAUCAAGGACACAGAAACAAUUAAAAAUACCUUGAAAGGUGAAAUGUAAAUUUUGGCUGGGAUUCAUCUCAUCUAGCUGUAGACACUGCAUGCAAUUAUCAACCUGUGAGACAAUUGUCUAGGUUGACUUGAUAAUCGACUGUCUUAGGCUGUUGCAUGAUUUGGAGCAUUGUGCAACAUAAUAGCCAUCUGAAUUAACAAAACAACUCAGGAGAAAGUGCCUACUUUGUUGAUAUCAAAGUCUGAGCAGGUGAACCACAACCAUGGAGUCAGUUUUUCAUUAAUAGCUUGGGAUGCGA